AUGCAGGCUUUCAGAUCAUCGCUCAGAACAGCGCGCGAAGUGCGCCCUGCCUUUCGAUUUGUUAACGUCACUAGAGGGUAUGCGUCGGCCAACAAUUACGAACAUCUGUUGGUUUCGUCGCCGAAACCUGGUGUUGGCUUCAUCCAGCUCAACCGCCCCAAAGCCCUCAAUGCUCUCUGCACACCUCUGAUCCUCGAGCUCAAUGCUGCCCUCCGCGAAUUCCAAGCCGAUAAAUCCAUUGGUGCCAUAGUUUUGACUGGCUCCGAGCGCGCAUUCGCUGCUGGUGCCGACAUCAAAGAGAUGAAAGACCUCACAUUCAGUGACGCGUAUGGCAACGACUUCAUAGAAUCAUGGUCAGACCUCGUCACAUUCCUAAAGAAACCUCUCAUAACAGCCGUAAAUGGCUUUGCCUUGGGCGGUGGCUGUGAAUUGGCGAUGAUGGGAGACAUCAUGUACUGCGGGCCUAAGGCUGUCUUUGGCCAACCCGAGAUCAAACUGGGUGUAAUACCAGGAGCUGGUGGUUCGCAACGUCUCACAAAAGCAAUCGGAAAAUCACGCGCAAUGGAAACUAUCCUCACUGGUGAUAACAUUUCAGCCAAACAAGCUGGAGAAUGGGGUCUCGUUGCCAAGGUCUUUGAGACUCCGGAGGAGUGUACCAACGGCGCAAUUGCGACGGCGGAGAAGAUCGCGGGGUACAGUCAGAUAGCUGUCAAAGCCUGCAAGGAGGUGGUGAACAAGAGCCAGGAUCUAGGUAUAAGAGAAGGUGUUGAGUUUGAGAGGAGGGUAUUUCAUGGUCUCUUCGGGUCCAAAGACCAGAAGAUCGGCAUGUCGGCUUUCGCGGAGAAGAAGAAGGCUGAAUGGACACACGAGUAGGAAUUUCGAAAUAGAAAAAUGCCCCCGCUCAUCUCGUCGUGGUCUGAGUAAGAAAUGAAGAGUACUUGCGGGUAUCAAAGGAUUGAUUAUAGAGGCAAUUGAAGAACAAAAGGAACACAAAGGAAAAUACGCGUACAUACUACACGAGUCAACCGAUUUAUUUUAUGUUGAAAAGUGGCAGCUGAACACAACGAGCAACAUUCUUGCAGAUGAAUGGGAUAAAUCCUGAAGGAAUUGCGCUUUUGUCUAAAAUGUACGUAUUUACGAGGGUAGACGAAUCGCACGAGUGCUGAC